UUUCUCAUGAAUUCUAUCAGCGGCAUCGCUCUUUCGUGGUAGACCUGCCCAGUGAAUUUCUCUUUACCGCUAUUUUUAAUCGACUGUCAAACUCUUUUCAUCAAGCUUGUCCGCUGGCUGCAGAGUGGUCAUCCGCUCUCUUUUACUGUUGGAAAACCUCCUAUUUGCAGGGUGAUCGUUGCAGUGGGCUAGUCAUGUUUUCACCGCAGUUGAUACAGAUGCUAAAGGUUGUCAUCAUUUAUUCACCCUUAUGUCAGUCCAGACCUGUAGAAGAUAUGUAGAAAAGUGUUUCAGUGUUUUUUUUGUCCAUGAGAUAACUAAUUGACGUCCAACAGCGUUUGCAGCCCAAAAUUCAAAGGUUAUCGAUAUGGCACUUUUUUGUCUAUUAGAAAGACUAUCAACAUAGAAACAAAAUAAAAUAUUUCCACAUGAUAGUGCAUGAUAAAAUGUUAUUAGUGCAGCUUGCAUAAAAUGGAUGCAAAAUAUCCUGUAGACUUAUCAUGUAAUUUUUAAAAGUGUCUCAGCAUUUGGACCCCAACAUUCUUCAAAAUUGGUUUUGUGUUACAGAAGGUCAUACAGGUUUGGGUGAGUAAAUGAUGUACAAACAUAAAACUCCAUUUGUUGGGAGUUUUGAAUAUCCCUUUACCCAAAAGUAUAAAUGUUGAAGAUGCAGUUUAGGUCAACAUGGGCUAUACUUCAGGAAAUAUCUUUCCGUAGUACUCCUCAUUGUUUGUACAUGCAAAAGUUCCAACCGAGUACAAGGCAGCAACUCUUAUUUUGAUAGUUAAGCUGUUUGUUAUUCAAAUCUGGGUUGAAAUCAGGAAAAAGAACCAAGGUAGGUGACAUGAGUCAAAAUAAUGCAAAGGAGUGAAGGGAAAUCCCUGACUCUCCCCCGCGGCACCCACUGACAACGGGUCUGAUUAUCCACUGCACUGUGCUGUAAUGAAUGGAAAUGAUAAGACAGAUGCAAAUUCCAACAACAGGCCAAAUAGGGAACCAAAAGCAGACCAAAUCUCCAGCUGCUGAUCUCCCCCUUUGUUUGACCUGCUCUUCCUACAGCUUCAAAUGUCACGCUGAUCAGGUUUACGGAGACCAAGAUAUGCACGAAGUCGUCCGCAAACAUUGCAUGGAUUACUUGAUGAAAAAUGCAGAUUACUUCUCAAACUAUGUGACAGAGGACUUCACUACAUACAUCAACAGAAAGAGGAAGAACAACUGUCAUGGAAACCAUAUUGAGAUGCAGGCUAUGGCAGAGAUGUACAAUCGGCCAGUGGAAGUUUAUCAGUACGGCAUAGAACCAAUCAACACGUUCCAUGGCAUCCAUCAAAAUAAUGACGAGCCAAUCAGAGUUAGUUACCAUCGGAACAUUCACUACAACUCUGUAGUGAAUCCCAACAAAGCCACGAUCGGAGUUGGGCUCGGACUUCCUGCCUUUAAACCAGGGUUUGCAGACCAGUCACUCAUGAAGAAUGCCAUUAAAACGUCAGAGGAAUCCUGGAUUGAGCAACAGAUGCUGGAGGACAAGAAGAGAGCCACGGAUUGGGAAGCCACCAAUGAGGCCAUAGAAGAGCAAGUGGCCAGAGAAUCGUACUUACAGUGGCUUCGAGACCAGGAGAAACAGGCACGGCAGCCUCGCAAGGCCAGUGCUACGUGCAGCUCCGCCACGGCUGCGGCCUCCAGUGGUUUGGAAGAAUGGAAUGCCCGAUCCCCACGACAGCGCAGCUCCGCCCCCUCUCCGGAGAUUCCUGAUCCUUCGCACUCGGACACAACCGCAAAGCCCCCCUCCCCGGCCGGAAUGGCCCAUGCACUAUCCAAACCCCCAUCACCCUGUGCGCCAGGUCCCAGUAACCAGGCUUGUGUUGGACCAGACAGACCCACCUCAUCUUCUCUGGUGUCUCUGUAUCCAGCACUGGGCUAUCGGGCCAUUAUGCAAGAGAUGUCCCCCACUGCUUUUGGCCUAACAGACUGGGAAGAUGACGAGAUACUGGCUUCCGUCUUGGCCGUGUCACAACAGGAAUACCUCGAUAGCAUGAAGAAAAACGCCAUGCAUAGAGCACCUUCUCCAGACAGCAGUUGAUAAAGGAGGGUUGAAGCACAAUCUGCACCCAAAGCAGGAGGCAGAGACAUGGGAUCAAUCCAGUCACAUUCUCUCCAUCAUCAUGCAGUUCACACGGUCCUCUCAUUCCUCCCCCCAUCCAUCAGUCCAUCACUGGCCUCAGCCAUUCAGCAGUUAUGGCCCAUUGUUGUUGAUACUCACCUUACCACUCCUUUUCUUUCGUAUGCCAUUCACCCCAUCACUGGACUUCUUAAGAUGCAUGUGAAAAUAAACAUGACUGAUAUCAUUAUAGAACACCCGGGGAAGCAAAAAGUUAUUGAAAAACGUCAUACUUUAUCCUCUUAAUUAAUUAAUAUAAUCUUGUUUUAUUUUCUUGUUUGGGAUGAAAAUACUUUUUUUUUCUUGGAUUAAAAAAAAAGAACUUUCUGAAGAAAUAUACUUAUUUGCUGGCAUACUUUUUAUACAGUCUUGAUUUCUUUAAUAUAUUAGUAAGUUUUGUUUGUGAUUUAUGUGAAUAUGCAAUAUUUUUGAUGACUUCACUAUUGAUUUCAAAUGUGGAAACAGUUUUAUUAAAGAAUGAGGUGUGUCUGAA